AUGGGUCGUAUUGUCGUGUUUACCACAAUGUCAAUUUUAACACAACAUAUCAAAAAAAUUAUGCCAAAACUAGAUUUAAUUUAUAUUAAUCCAGAAAGCAGUACUGAAUCACUUAAAUUGGAUGACGUUGAAAUAAUGAUAGCAGACUGUCGGUACUUGCCAAAAAUAAGAGGCAAAUUAAACAAUAUUAAAUGGAUCCAGUCAAUAUCAGCCGGAGUUGAACAGCUAAUUGAAUUACGUCAUGAAAAAAACAUUAACUUUGUAAUUACUAGGUUCGUUGAUGAGACGUAUGGUUUAGAUAUGGCUGAGUACAUUAUUAUGCAAAUCGUUGCUUUUGAAAGACGACAAAGAGAAGAAUAUGAAAAACUUAAAAGCGCGGUUUGGCCACAUAAUUCAAUGUUUGUUUCUCGGAGAUUAAUUUCUCAAAUGAAUAUUGGGAUUAUGGGUAUCGGCAACAUUGGAAAAGUCGUUGCGAGGAGUUUGAAACAUUUCAAUGCAAAAAUUUGGGGCUUAACUCGCACGAUUCCAACUACAAAAGAGCCUUACAUUGACGAGUAUCGGACGACAAAUUCAUUACCAGAAUUUCUAUCUAAUUGUCAUUAUAUUAUAAAUAUAAUGCCAGCCACUCCAGAGACUAAUGGGCUGUUGAAUGGCGACAUGUUAAAAAAUUGUAAAGAAAAUAAUGCAAUUUUUAUGAACGUUGGUAGAGGAAAUAUAAUUAAAGAAGAUGACUUGGUGAACGCUCUUGAAAAUAAAUGGAUAACUGCUGCAAUUCUAGACGUUUUUGAAGUCGAGCCUUUACCAUCAACCAGCAAACUUUGGACAAUGCCUCAGGUGAUAAUAACACCACACAAUGCGUGUACUGUAAGAGCAGAUGGUAUUGCAAACUUAUUCAAAAGUAAUUACGAAAAAUACAUGAAAGGUGAAACAUUACCAAAUGUAUUGAAUAUUCAACGUGGAUAUUGA